AAGCGGUCAAAACUGCUCAACCUGAUCGAGCCCUUCUCACUAGCUUCUGUGGAAGAGGGGUGAGACAGCAUGUGAGUUUUGCUUGGAGCCCUUUUUUUGUGGAUGCUAGACAAACUACAGGACAGCACAAUGGCUCAAGUGGACUCUGAGUUUGGUGUGAAAGGAAGCAGCAUCAUCAGGGAAUGGACUGGACAGGUCCAGCCUGCUCUGGUUGCUUCCUUUGUUUUCCUCUUCUGUCUGGAAGCCUGUCUGUGGGUCAGGAACCUCAGGCUCAAGAGAAGACUGCCGGGACCAUUCGCCUGGCCCGUGGUGGGCAACGCCAUGCAGCUGGGCCAGAUGCCUCACAUCACCUUUGCCAAGCUAGCCAAAAAAUAUGGCAAUGUGUACCAGAUACGGCUUGGUUGCAGCGAUAUUGUGGUUCUCAAUGGAGACAGGGCGAUACGUCAGGCUCUGAUACAGCACAGCACAGAGUUCGCAGGCAGACCAAACUUUGUCUCUUUUCAGGCUGUAUCAGGGGGGAAAAGUAUGACUUUCACCAACUACAGCAAACAGUGGAAGAUGCACAGGAAAAUUGCUCAAUCAACAAUCAGAGCUUUCUCAUCUGCCAACAGCCAGACCAAAAAAGCCUUUGAGCAGCAAAUUGUAGCUGAAGCCACAGAGCUAGUUGAGAUUUUCCUUAAGCUCAGUGUACAGGGCCAGUAUUUCAACCCUGCUCAUGAGCUGACAGUAGCUGCAGCUAAUGUGAUUUGUGCCUUAUGCUUUGGAAAACGUUAUGGACAUGACGAUGUUGAGUUUAGAGCCUUGUUGGAGAGGAUAGAUCAGUUUGGACAGACGGUAGGGGCUGGCAGCUUGGUAGAUGUUAUGCCAUGGCUUCAGUCUUUCCCCAAUCCAGUCCGCAGUGUCUUUAAAAACUUCAAAGACCUGAAUAAAGAGUUCUUUGGGUUUGUCCAGAACAAAGUAAAGGAGCACAGAGAGACAUUUGAUCCAGAGGUAACGAGGGGUAUGAGCGAUGCUAUUAUUGGUGUCAUUGACAAAUCUGACAGUGACAACGGACUCACCAAAGGCCACACAGAGGGGACAGUGUCAGAUCUGAUUGGAGCAGGUCUGGAUACCAUCUCCACGGCUCUUCACUGGAUCGUGCUUCUCCUAGCAAAACACACUGAAAUCCAAACCAAACUCCAUGAGCUCAUAGACAAAGUGGUAGGGCCAAACAGACUGCCAUCAAUAGAGGACAGAAGCAGCCUGGCAUACCUGGAUGCCUUCAUCUAUGAAACAAUGCGCUUCACCAGCUUCGUCCCCGUAACCAUCCCCCACUCCACAACCUCAGACGUCACUGUUGAUGGUCUCCACAUCCCCAAAGACAUGGUGGUCUUCAUCAAUCAGUGGUCCGUCAAUCAUGACCCCCUGAAGUGGAAGGAUCCACAUGUCUUUGACCCCUCGCGCUUCCUGGAUGAAAAUGGCUCCCUAGACAAGGAUCUCAUCAACAAUGUUAUGAUCUUCUCAGCAGGGAAGAGAAGAUGUAUUGGGGACCAGAUUGCCAAAGUCGAGAUAUUUUUGUUCUUUGCAAUUCUCCUCCAGCAAUGUAGCUUUGAGAAAUGCCCCAAUGAGGACCUGUCCUUAAACUGCUCAUAUGGUUUAACACUGAAGCCUUUAGACUACAAGAUCACUGCCAAACCUAGGGGAGAACUACUUAAAGGCCAAUAAUAAUCUGUUUGAAUACAAUUAAGGAACAGCAACGCAAUAUGAGGUAUGUGUUCUGAAAUAAAUAUUUAUGCCUUGUAUCACAGAGGAUUUUUAUGUAAUAGGCUUCAAUUAACCCAAAAAAUGCAAAUGGUAAGAUUUCUUAGUUUUGCUGACAUUUCAAACUAUGAACAAAUGCAAUACUGUUACUUCGCUUGGUCACCAAAUAUCUGCCAGUUUAUGUAUUAAAAUUACACAUCGUGACAAUGACAUUAGGAACCAUGUCAGUCGUGACCUGAACUCAAAGGCAAUUUCACUCCUCAGCUCUCAAAAAACUGUGACUUUGUAAGUGACUGUGAAAACCUAAAUAUGUCUGUACUGCACCAUGUAAGACACGGCAAUAAAUGUAAUGAAAGCUUUGAUGUGGUUGUCCAAAACCACAAUUCAUAAAAAACUUUAAGUAUGCAUUGUUAUUUAUAUGAUGGUAUUUAGUGAAGUCUCCCCUAAAUUGCAAUGUAAACCGGUGGUGAUGAAUACAUUUUUCUUCAAGUGCUUUUUUGGCUGAUGGGGAGAAAUUAUGAAGCAGCUGUGUGGUCUCAACUGAAAAAUUAACCACAGAGGCACUCAUUUGUCUUCAUAUGUACUGAACCUUCUUAUGUUUGAGCUCAAUACAAAUACAGUGUGCAUGUCAUCUACGUUCAUGUACUCUUAAAUCAUGUAUAAUACAGUUGUAUUCAAUAACUCAUGUGACAUGUAACGUAUGUCUAAGAGCCACUAAUUUCACUGUCUUAGUUCUUAUGUAUGUACACAUAGUACAUCACUGUACAACGUGAUUCAUAAGACAUACCACAUUGUCAGAGUAAUAAGCUGCAUAGAAUAGCUAAAUAAUGUUUUCAUAAUGAACAUGACCCUGUGUGAUACAGUCUGUACUCUACAGUGUGACCAAAGCCCUGAAUGUACAAUAAACAUU